AUGGAGCUAUUGGGUUUGAAUAAAAAUACAGCAUUGCUAUUAAAAAAUCGAUUUAAGCAUAUUACUUGUGUCACAGUGCAAAUUUACAAACUUGAAGGAAAUAGCUGGCAUGAAUUGACGAAAGAUUUUGUCCUCUUGCAUAUGUAUUAUGAUAGAGAAGAUAAAGUAGCAAAAUUGAUUGCUAUUGAUGGCAUUAAGCUAAUUAUAAGAGGAUUUGUAAUUUCAUCUACACUUCAAUUGGUGAGACCGACAAAAAAAUUUGUGCAUUUUAUUAGCUCAAAGCAAGGAAGAUCAGAAAUGUAUGGUUUUGGUUUCUAUCAAGUCUAUGAAGUGGAGCAGUUUUUGCGAUCAUUCAACAUUGUGUACAGGAAAUUAUAUUUGUCAUCCAGAAAUGUAACUCAAAAUGAAUUUGAAUACAGCAAAAGACAUUCAUCAAUUUCAUCGAUAAAAACAGAUUCGUCAUGUCACAUAUCUUUGUCAACAACAACUUCUAAAAAAGAUACGCAUACUAUCCCUUCAUUUUAUUCCACUAAAAAUUCACCAUGUCGAGAGCAAAUAUUUGCUGUUGAUGUAAAGUAUACUGAAAAACAAAUGCAAAAACUAUCGUUUGCUUCUACCACAAGCUCAACACUUCCUUUGAUGCCUUCCCUGUUGACACAAACUUCCGUAAACGCAAGAAAUAGUUUGUAUUCCAGUAACUCUGCUACAAUUGAUACUAACACAGAUGUUUCUCGAUCAGUUGAGCAAAAGCAAUAUCAGCUAUGGGGUACUACACCAUGGAAUACUUUAUUUGAACAAAAAGUUUGCAGUAAUCAAGAAAGUAUCACUUCUACGUGGAAUUCACUAUUAAACCAUUAA